AUGCCGUGGGUUAAAGGGGAAAUCCCUCUAGUUAAGGACGGUCUUACUCUGAGGGCCUCCUUGAAUUUCAAAGUAAGUGAUUUCAUUGACAGUGAUACUUUAACUUGGAAUGCAGGAAGGAUAAGGGAAUGUUUUGAUUGGAAUAGUGCAAAAGCGAUCCUGGCAAUGGAGCUCCCGCAUUCAACUGAAGAGGAUUUCCUCUACUGGAAAUAUCACCCCUCCGGCAAAUACACAGUUAAAACUGGGUAUUACUACCUCUCAAAGGAUGAAGGAAUGGAAAGCACUACGUCCUUGAAUAGGGAUCUAGAGUUUGUAAAGCUGGUUUGGAGAAUGGACAUUCAACCGAAGUGGAAAGUUUUCCUGUGGAAGUUGUUUCAUGACGGAAUUGCGGUGAAAGGUAAUCUAGCUAGACGAGGGAUACAAAUUGAAAUUGUGUGUGGCUAUUGUGGGUUGGCUUUGGAAGAUAGCCAACAUCUGUUUAGAUUUUGUAAUCUGGCAAAGGAAGUUUGGGAGAAUAGCUCCCUAACUAUUUGUCCUGACAUCCCUGGGUCUUCUUCUUCUUUGAGGAGAUGGAUUCAGCACUAUAUCCUGCUCUUUAAUAGCGAGGAUGGAAAGAAUAGUAAUUGUAGUGUUUUGUUCAUAGCAUCACUAUGGAGUAUAUGGAAAAUGAGAAAUGCAAUAUGCUUUAAAGGGUCCACAGGGACAAAUAGUCUGGUAGUGGAGUUCAUAAAGCUUGCAAUGGAGGAUCAUGAGAUCUUCAGGCAACAAAGAAGUCCAGCAAACGAGAGGGAGGUUGCCAGCAAGGAUAACCCCAUUAUCCCCCCGGGUUAA